AUGGAACUUCGAAAAGGAUGCGCUUUAGAAGGAAAGAGAGUAAAAUUGGACCUAAAAGAGAAUUCAUCCACUGUAAAGAAGGCAGCAAGCAAAUGCCCCUAUUAUAGGGGUGAUGCUAUCGAGGAGCUAUCAAAUGAGAUCCUAGCAAGUGCUCUUUGUAGCACGAGCGAGGUGAUACUUCAUGCGUCAACUCGAGCGGCUUGGGGAAUCGACUUGAAGGGGAAUGUUCUGGUCCUUGAUGAGGCCCACAAUGUUUUGGAAACGAUAGGGUCUUUAUAUUCUACAGAGGUUACUUCUGUAUCCACCACGCUUGCGCUCUCUUUGAUACGAGAGUAUUUGGACACUUAUAAAUCGCGACUGAAAUCUAAGAACCUCUUGUAUAUGAAGCAACUGUUGGCUGUUGUUGGAGCUCUUGAUCAAUACUUACGGAAGAAUUUGAGUACACCAGAGGAAGUGUUAACAAUUCAAGGCCUUGUCAUUGCAUUGGGCUUGACAGAAGUUAAUCUCUUCAAGAUUGUGCACUAUAUGGAGUCAACAGAUAUGUGCAGGAAGUUUCACGGUUUCUUUAUUCGCUCGAUGAAAUCCCGCGUUUCCGUAUCGCAGUCGUCCACUUCCAAGAGUGGAAUCGGCAAGCUAAUGGCGCCUAAGAAGUUG